GAGACCUCACUCCCGCAGUGAGCUUGCGAAGUGAAGGUAGAUUCGGCGCGGCGGGCGAAGCAGUGGGAUCUGUUCUUUCUCCCGGUCACUCGGAUUCAGCAAAGUGGACUGUGGGCGGAUUCAACGUCGUAUAGAACUGGAUUUGUGCUUUUUGUUUCGUGGUUAGCAGUUACUGAAGAAGCCUAUACUUUAUUGUUAGACGAGACCUUAACCUGGGAUUACAAGUGGAUUGUGCGCCUUGAGGAAUGAGGAGAUGCUUUGACCACAGCAGCGCACCAGGAGGAACUACCCGGCGCGUCGGACGCCCACCGCGCCAAGGGAAAAAUAUGGUUUGGUGUUUCUGCGGAGGUCAACACCAUAUUACUAUAAGGGGCGCUCAACUUUAGAUUUCAUUCCGAAACUAUAGACGACCAAUCUCCUGAAAGCUGUCUGCCAUCUCCAAUAAACGAUGUGUAUGUAGUGUCCGUUGGACACCAACAGGCCCACGCCACCCGACCGAGUCCUUAGAUACAUAAAGAAAAGGUUUUGGUGCCGCCAGACCUGCUCGUUGACACCUCGGACCCAACUCCUGGGUUGCACCGCAACAGCGCCUGCUCCUCUAGAACAACGCCUGCUCCUCCAGAACAGCGACUGCUCCUCAAGAUGUUGACGGCUCACUCAGGACAUUUCCUCCACCCCGACUACCUGCAGCCGCUCACCUCCGCGCCCGUCAGCAUCGAGCUGGACGCCAAGAAGAGCCCGCUGGCCCUGCUGGCGCAGACCUGCUCCCAGAUCGGGAAGUCGGACCCCCCGUCUGCGUCCAAGGCCAGCUCCAUGUCCUCCAGCGGCCAGGGGGACAAGGACCCCCCCAGCCGCCCGGCGCCGCCGAGCUCAGGCCCACGACACGGCGAAUCAGGCUUCAAGCCCUACCACAAGGCGGGCGGGGAAGGGCGCAGGGACGGGUCGACCCGGACCCUCGCCCCGGGGGUUGCCGGGGACAACAGGGGGAGCGGCCAUAGCGGUAACCAGCAGGCCUUCCCUGCCCACCCACCGGUCUCCCCGACCUCCGCACCCCCCGGAAGCACACAGCAGCACCCUCCACCCCCGCCUCCGCCCCCGCUCCUCAAACACAACCCCCCCCCCGCCGUCGGACCCCCGGCCGCUGACGGAGACGCGUGUCUGGAGCGGGCCAGUCCCGGCAGCACCGCCGGCGCCCCCCACGGCGGAGGCCAGCUCAAGAAGGACGCCAACGACGGUAAGUUGCCGCGCUUGAGCAGCCCCCACCUGGCCAACUCCAGCCACGCCCGGGCCAGCACCAACUCCAGCAACGGCAGCUCGGACGGCGGCUCCCACGCGCAGGAAGGAAGCAAGUGCGACCCUCAGGCCACGCAGGCCGGCCUCGCCCCGGGACACGCCACCCCCAUCUCCCCCUACAAGACCGGCCACCCCCUGUUCCCCCUGCCGUCCGGCGCCAUGGCCUACCACGGCUCCGGCAUGGGGGCCUACCCCGGCUUCCCGUCCCAGUUCGUCCAGGGCUUGGACCAGUCCAAGGCCAAGCACCCAAGCUCCAGUCCGCUCAGCGGGGCCUCCCCUCCGUCGCUGAUGCAGGGCCUGUGUCGGGACCCGUACUGCCUGAGCUACCCCAACGCGCCGCAUCUCGGGGGGGGCAACCCCUGCCUCCACCCGGACCCUUCCUCCGGCCUCAAGUCCCCCGGGUACCCUCUCAUCUACCCCUCCCACCCGCUGCACUCGCUCCACUCCAACAGCCUGUCGUCCAGCGCCUCCUCCUCCUACUCCCAUCCCCUCUACACGUACGGCUUCAUGCUCCCCAACGACCACUUGCCGCACGCCUGCAACUGGGUCUCCGCGGCGGGCCCGUGUGACAAGCGCUUCCCCACCUCGGACGAGCUGCUGGCUCACCUGCGCUCUCACACGGCCCUCCACGGAGGCAUGGACCCUAAGCUGAUGUCCGCCAUCUCCUCGUCUGGGCCGACCCCGUGCCACAUGCACCCCUCCUACCAGAGCAGUGUGGCCUCCAUGCCCAGCUCCUACUCCCUGCGGCCGCCGCCCAGUCUGGGCAUGGCGCGCUACCACCCCUACAGUAAGGUCCAUCACCUGGCCCCCGGCCAGACCUCCAUGGCCCUGCCCACCAUGCCCAGCCCGGGGCCCUACUACCCUACGUACGCUCUCUACAGCCAGCGGCUGGGCUGUGGCUCUGCACUGGGCUACCCGUGAGACACGCGCAGGCACAGCAGACCGGCCCCCUGAUGGGGUUGCUGGCCAUCCGGACUGCUUUGAGUACUUUUCGUGUCGUGUCGCCACUGGACUUCAAACUCAACGGGUUGAAAGAUGAGUUUCAUUGCUUUGGAAUCUCCUUCAGUUGUUAUUUGUACAUGUGGUGGAUUCUCAGGGGUGUGGUGACCAGUGGAUAGGCACGGUGCCUGGAUCCGCUUCCCUUCUGAGUAAACGGGGAGAGUUGUGUUUGUAUCCUGCAAGUCAAGGAUUCAUGAAUGCAACCAAAUGUUUUGAUUUGAAGAAAUGUCCGCAUCACGGCAGCCCUCAGCAGGCCUUGGGAGUGGCUGAAGCCCAGGCAGCAAGCCUUUUCCUUUCCAGGAGUCCAGUAGUGUACUGGGGAGAUUCAUGCAGGCCUCAUCCUGCAGAGUCCAUAUGUCAUUGGUUGGUUUCAUCUAUCAGUGUACAUUUCUUUGUUACAUUUUUAUUUUUCUGCUGAGAAAUUGUAUUUAUUAUGAUUUGCGCACUUUUUUCAUGAGUUUAUCACUAAGUUCUCAGUUUAAAAUUCUAUAAACGGUCAAAAGCUGCACAUGGUGGGGCAGAAUUCUCCCUCUGGACUCUUCUGUUUGUCAAUUUUUAUCUGUAUAGCAAAUUAUUAAAAAAAUACAUUAGUAAA